GGUUAGGACCCAGUCGAAGUGGGUGAAGAAUGGUAGAAGAAGUAGUAAUGCAACGAGAAGCGAGAUCACCGCCUCCGGAUCCAAGAGGCAAUCGAGAUAAAGAACAGCGUGUUAAGGAGCUGAUUAGACUAUAUUAUGAAGAAGGAUUCAUUCCCCCGGAUAUUGACCCAGGGGAAAUGACGAUUCAAGACAGGGAGGCAAGAUUUAAAGUGAACGUGGUCAUUGACCAAGCAAAAGUGGCUUGGCUCAAAGAACACACGGUCACGAUUAUGUUUAGAGAGGGCGCGCGGUUCCUACCGAAGAAAGUGAAGGAUGAUAUUGUCAGAGCAUACGAAGACAACAAGAUUCAGGAAGGCAGCUUCGAGAGAGAUGGAUUCAGAAGAGGAAGGGUCAAGAUGGAGAGCCCGAACGUUGUCUCCUACGUCGCAAAAAGCAACAUUAUCGCAAUGUGGCUGGUGAACAAGGAGCACAACGAACUGAUACUAGGUUCAACGACAUACAAGCUGGAAUUCAAACCUUGGAUGACCAAGGCACAGUUGAAGGAGCAAAGGAGAGAAGAAUAUCAACUAACCUUUUGGGUGAUUGUUGUACAAGUCCCGCUGGAUGCGAUGUUGUUCGUAGAUGCUCAUAUCCAAAAGGCGAUUGGCCCGAUUGUUCGACGUCAUCCAACGGAGCCGGACAGGCUAAAACCGUCAUUGGUCAACAUCAAAUUCGAUGUUGACCCGGCGGCACGUGCAAACAUGAAAGAUGUGAUAUGGGUGGAAACAUUCGAAGGCGAUCAACUGGAGGUCAAGCUGGCAUCCUCGGACACACCAAGAUGUAGAAGAUGCCGCGCUUUCUUCCACACGGAGGAUACUAUGUCGAUGAAAAAGGAGAACGAGACAGCAGCAACAAGAUUCAACAGCGGGCCAAUAGGCAUCGUCAAGACCUCCGUAUCAGGGUCAUAUGGCUUCCCCGGGAGCUUCUUCUCCAACAGUUGGACCAAGGCAGGAGCCCCAGCCACAUCCGCAAGGGUUUCAACCUUACUUCAGUGCCUUGAAUCCUACCUUCUCUCCACGCCCACGUAAUAACUCCGGUAUUCAACAACAACAAGCCAGCGUACUCCAAUU